AGGCACGUACGGCGCGGUGGUACACUUCAGGUACGGAUCACCUGAAAGCGAUACACACAGCAGCGGGGGUACGCUACGUGACGACGGGACGAGGCUGCAAGGGAUUGCGCGUGUUCCAGGUCGCAAGGGUCCGCUACGUGUGGGGAGGGCAGUCAGCGUCGUCCAGCGUCGAAAGUGCGGAGGAACGUGCGAGCGAUCAACGCUCCGAGAGCGGUCGCUGGCUGUGAUGCCAGUCACUCGUGAAACGUGAAACGCGAAACUGGGCGAAAGUUUCGCGGCGUGCCCACCUGCCUGAGUUGUGGACGGCGAAAGAGAGAAAGGGGAGAGACGGACAGACGGCGAAGGAGAGAAAGGUAGAGCGAGAGGGAGAGAGUGGCACUCGGAAGGAAUCCCGGAGGAGAUUUCGUCCACCGAUCGACGCCGUCGGUGUGUCGGUGUCGCUCGUUCGCUCGUUCGCUUUUAUUACCUCGUACAAAGGUGCCGGACAGUUCACUCGGUCGGAGAGUGUCCUCGCGCAGUGUCCUCCAAGAGUGCACGCGAGACCUUGGGUUUCCGGUGCGACGUCGGAGCCUGGCCUGGCCUGGCCUGCCCUGCCCUGCCCUGCCGUGCCGUGCCGUGCCGAACUUCCGUCAGCGAGCGGUCGAGCAAGGGAUGUACGAGGGGACAGCGUGACUGACUGACUUGAUGCACACCGGAAGCGGAGAGGGACCGAAAAUGUCGCCACAGAGGAGGACGUCCACCUUUCCCUCGUCAUCGCCGCAUUCCUGGCUGAUCGCCGCGGUCUCGCUCAUCUUUCUCGUCCGAGCGCAGCAUGUAACAGGAUGCCAAUUUUAUCCGGUCGGCGAGUACCUGAAAUUCGUCAGGGUACCGGAGAACCUCGAGACGGGGACCGAAAUUCUCUCACUGGAGGCCCAUCCGAGAAGCCGACUUGCCAUUUUGCCGGUCGACAAGGAGGAAGACGCUGAUUUCUUCGCGUACAAAGAGACGAACAAAACGCACGUUUCCUUGGUCCUCGCACAGUCCUUGGAGGAUCUGGUGGAUGCGGAAGCCCCGAGGAACCUGUUGAAAUUUCGAGUCUCCUGCGAGUCGGGCACCGAUGAUUCGUUGGUAUCGUCGCAUUUGUCGGUGACGGUCUACGUGGAGGAUAUAAACGACCACGCGCCGCAAUUUGUCGAUGCGCCUUAUCAUGUGACGGUGGACGAGCUCACGCCAGUCGGUGUGACGAUAUUUCGCGGGAUUCACGCUGUGGAUGGCGACAAGCCGAACACGCCGAACAGCGACGUCUAUUACGCCAUUGUGAAGGGGAACGAGCAGGGCAAAUUUUCCCUCGAAUCUGGCCACAGGACCGCUCUGAUACUCCGCAAGCCGGUCGACUACGACAGCGGGGAUCGCGAGUUUACUUUGGUCAUUACGGCGACUGACCGAGGCGUUCCCGCCAGAAGUACGAACAGCACCGUCAAGAUAACCGUGGUGGAUAACGAUGAUCUUGACCCGAAGUUUACGCGGGACAUCUACAAGGCGAAAAUCUACGAGUUUUACCCUAUGCCGCAUUAUCCAAUCUUCACGGAGAUCAAUUUCACCAGCCCGAUCCACGCGGCCGAUCGCGACCGGGACAUAAACGUGCCGGUGCGAUACGACAUCAUAUCCGGCAACGAACGCGGCUUCUUCCACCUCGACCCGAAGAACGGCUCGCUGUUCCUGAAGCGGGCGAUCGAUCUCGAUGCCGAGCGCAGUUUGCCGGCCAACACGUUCAAUUUGCAGAUCCACGCUUCGCAGGUGGACAAUCCGCUGAAGAUGACGGUCGCGCGAGUCGAGGUGGAAGUGCUCGACCUGAACGACAAUCUACCGCAGUUCGAGGUCGACCUGUACAACAUCAGCAUCGUGGAGAACCUGCCGAACGGCUUCAGCGUGCUGCAGGUGAUCGCGCGCGACAAGGAUCAAGGUGAAAACGGCGAGUUUGAUUACAAGCUGCAGGAUCCCUCGGGUGCGUUCUCCGUGGACGCAGAUUCCGGCUGGCUCACUGUCAAGGAUCAGGCGGUCCUGGACCGGGAGAAGCGCGACCACCUGAAGAUGAGGGUUUACGCCGUGGAGCACAGACCGAGCGUCGUCGCGACUGAGGGUGAUCCAAAGACUGCCUCGUCCGUGGACGUCGAGGUGACCCUGCUCGACGCCAACGAUAACAACCCGAUCUUCGUGCCGGGCAAUCUCUACGAAUUGGUGGCGAGGAGCGACGCGAGAGUCGGCACUGUGCUCGGCCAGGUGCACGCGAUGGACGAUGACCUCGGGCCGAACGGACUGGUCCGCUACCGGUUGCAGAAACCCGGCAACUCCACGCUGCGGAAGCCACCGUUCGCGGUGAACGAGCAGACGGGAGUGAUCACGGUGUCGGAGAGUCCGAUACUCGAAGGUAGACACGCGAUCUUCGUGGAGGCGGCCGAUCAGCCGGCGAACCCCAGCGAGAGGCGAUUCUCCUUGGCGGUCGUCACGGUGGACGUUUUCCGUGCGGACGGCCCGGAUUCGUGGGAACCAGAUUUCGUCGGCGCGCCCUACGAGUUCUGGGUCGGCGCGAACGUGCCCGUAGGUACGAGCGUCGGGCAGAUUCGCCUAAACGACGCCGUGAAAACCAACGACCUCAUCUACGACUUGCUGCACGGUUACGAAGAGGGUGUUCCAUUUGCCGUGGAGGAGCGCUCCGGCACGAUAACGGUCGUGGAGGAGAUCGAGCGCUUCGACCGAUCUAUAUACGACUUCGAGGCGGUCGUCAGCGACGAGAGGGAGCUCGCGCUCAUCACGAAUGUGUCGAUCCACGUGGUGGACCCCAACGACGACCGCGGCAUUUUCACCAAGGGAACGACCACCGCUUCUCUGGUCUUCCACGUGAAGGAGAACGUUCCCGGCGCAUUGAUCGGCCAAGUGCUUCCGCACAAUCGCACAGCCGCGGCGGCGACUAUGUCUGGCACUCGAUUCCUUAUCGUCAAUCAGCAGGAUGUGCCCGAUGUCGCUAUUAUGGAGGACGGUUCUCUCUAUGCUCCGGAGGGCCUGGAUCGCGAGACGAGGCAGAAUUACAGCAUCACCGUGAUUGCCGAGAGCUCGCGAGGCGUCGGCGUGUUCCAGGUACGAAUCGUCGUCGACGACGAGAACGAUCACGCGCCGGAGUUCACGCUGUCCGCUUACGACGGCCGGAUCAUGGAGAACAGCCCCGCCGGGACGGAAGUCACCCUGUCAAGUCCGAUUGUAGCGAGCGACAAGGACGAGGGUGCGAAUCAAAAUUUCAUCUUUGCUUUGCGCGGUGAGGGCAACGGUUUGUUCCGGAUCGACCCGAUAACAGGCCGCGUGUACUUUGUGGCCACCGACGACAACAUCCUGGACCGUGAGUCAAGAGCCAACUACGAAUUCCAAGUUACCGCCACCGACACUGGCGGCUUGACGUCGGAGAGCACGUUGAGGAUCACAGUGUUGGAUGUGAACGACAACGCGCCCAAGUUCAUACGAAUGGUCGUGCUGCCGGACCAGGGUGUGCGGGUGUCGCAGGAGCCGGAUGUCAAGGACGAGGCGACGGAAGACGGGAGCGUCGAGACCGGCGGCGGGCGCCGCUCGCCGUUGCUGUUGGUGCCGGAGAACACGACGAUCGGCGCGCCGAUAAUUCGUCUGCUGGCGGACGACAAGGACGAGGGUGCGAACGCGGCGAUAACGUACAGUCUCGGCAACGAGACGACUUCCGGCAGCGGCGUGCGAUCGCGGCGUUACGACGCGAGCAGCCGCCGUUACUUCCACCUCGACCCGCGCACGGCCGAGAUAUCGGUCGCUCGCAGCCUGCCGCCGGAGAAGGACGUCCGGCUGUUCGUCCUGGCGAAGGACCCUGGCGGCUUGUCCGAUAACAUUACCGUCAGGAUUCACGUGACGGAUGUCAAUGACCACGCGCCGGUCUUCGACAAGUCCUGGUACACCUUCGACGUGGCAGAGGGAGUCUACAACGACUGGACGAUCGGCGCGGUUCGCGCGCUCGACGCCGACUACGGCGCGAACGCCGAGCUCACCUACGAACUCAUCACCAGCCACGAGGACUCGGGUCUCGUCGGGCUGAACAACGCGUCGCGGUCGUUCAACGUGGACCCGUACGAGGGUGUGAUACAAGUGAGCGGGACGCUCGAUCGCGAGAGGAUCACAACUCACCGUCUGCUCGUGGUAGCUCGCGAUCACGGCUCGCCCAGCCUCAGCUCCUCCGUCGAGAUCGAGAUCAACGUGUUGGACGUGAACGACAACGCGCCGAUGUUCCACGGUUACGACGAGCUGGAAGAAGGCGCCACUCGUUUGCCGGUCUACCGGGUCUCCGUGCUGGAGAACAGCCCGAUCGGCACGCAGGUGGCCAAGGUGUACGCGAACGACAGCGACUUUGCCGGUAACGGCAACGGACUGAUCUUGUUUGACCUGAGCUACCAGGAUCGUGCGGAGAAGCAGUACUUUGCGGUGGACAGCAAGGAAGGCGUCAUCACAACCAUCGCCAAGCUCGAUUACGAGACCAAGAGGAGUCACCGUCUGAUCGUCACCGCGAGCGACCUCGGUUCACCGGUUAGUCUCACCUCCUCGGCGGUGGUUCUCGUGACGGUGUUGAAUGUUGACGACGACGACGACGACGACGACGACGACGACGGGAACGGUGGCCGCCAGGACGCUGACAACGAGGUGCACAAGAUGCCGACCUUCCAGCAUAGGUAUUACGAGGUGGAGGUCGACGAGAAUACCACUGUGCCGCUGUUGGUCGCACAGCUCGACCUCGCUGAGGAUUAUCACGGCGAUCACAUCAGGUACAGCGUCGUGGCAGACGGUUCCGACAGCAGGGAUCAUUUCUCCGUCGACCCCAAGAACGGAUCCCUCUAUCUCACGACGGAGAUCGACCGGGAGACUCGGGAGCGUUACGAGGCGAAGGUCAGGGUCGACCGGGUGAAGAUCGGCCGUGGCAUGCCGGUGAUGAUCUAUCCGGUGACCGGCGACAGAUUAAACGGCCUGGCGCCUAACGAAGCCAGGGUGAUCGUGAGGGUGAAGGACGUGAACGACAAUGCGCCCAGAUUCAAGUUCAAAGGCAGGCCCAUCCUCGCGGCCAUACCCACUAGCGCUCAUUACGGUUACGAGGUCGUCAAAGUGGAGGCCGAGGAUCCGGACGAAGGGGUAAACGGCGAGAUACGCUACCAGAUUCUUGGCCGGGAGGAUGCGCCGCGUUUCGCCAUCGACCCGCUCAGCGGCCAAGUGAGAUCCGUGGCGAGUUUCGGACGCGACGCCGGACGCGUCUUCGGUUUCGACGUCAAGGCCACCGACAGGCAGGGCGCCGAGAACGGACGCAGCAGCAUCGCCAACGUCUUCGUGUACGUGUUGGACGAUCAGAAACAAGUUGUCAUGGUGAUGGGACGGAAGCCUAUCGAGAUCGAGCCGGAGCUCGACAACAUCACCGUCACACUGCAAAACGUCACCGGCUUGGACGUGAGAGUGCGCAAGCUGGAGCCGCAUAUCGAGAAGAACCUGAUCGACGCGGCCUCCACCGAUGUUUAUCUCUACGCGAUCGACCCUCAUCUGAACGUCAUGGUGGACAUGGACACGUUGCACAGCGUUUUCAACAGCAAAAAGAUGGACAUAAAGCGCGAGCUGGACGAGUAUCGCGUGCUGGAGAUCGCCGGCAGCGCUCCGCGUAGGGGCAAUCAACGUUACCUGCUGUCAACCCUCGAGGUGGGCGUCGUGGUGCUCGGCUGCGUCGUGUUCGUCGGCGCCCUCGUGACCGCCCUGUGCGUCGCCUGCGUCCGCCGCAACAAACGUCGUAGACGACGGGAGAAGGCGAUGUUCUCGACCGUCGGCCCGGUAGGAUUUGCAUUGACGGACCCCGCCGGCACCCUGCAAAAACCGCCGCUCUUUCCCACCUUCGUCGACGGCCUUCACUACGACCCCGAGCCCUUCUGCUCCGAAAUGCCCAGGCGGCAAAGCGUAUGCGAGCACGGCAGAACAUGCGGCAGCAGCUGCGUCCGUUUUCACACGGUGGGCGGGGGUGGCAAACACGCGGUGAGGUCGACGGGUACGUUGAAAGGCCUCGAGGCAUCUGCGACAUCCUUGCAUUCCAGCGGUCAGGAUUCUGGCAUCGUGGCGCGCGCGUCCUGCCAUUGCAGUCACUCGUCCAGUCCUUCCAGCGGCGAGAGCAGCAAUGGCUACGAGGAUUCGCUGAAAUCUCUUCAGCGUCGCGAGAGGGCCAAUGAGGUCUCGCGAGGGGUCCACGACACCUCGAGCGUGGUCGGGAGACGGGCGAAUCUGGCUGCGAAGCGACGCCAACGAUUCCACUCGUUCUCGAACGGCGAAACGGUUUAUACCCACGAGAUGACGUUACAGCGGGAGCAGCAUUGCUGCGGCGGUACCGAGAAGAGGCGGAAAGCGGAGCACCGUCGCGCGCAUUCCGAAGCGGAGAACAAUAUCACCGAGACGGUGAUACACGAGCAUCCGGGAACGGAAAUCUCGUUAGCCAGCUCCCUGCCGAACACGUCGACUCUUCAUGGUACAUCAAGAACUAGCCACAUGCUCUACUGAUGGUACCGAUCUGUAGAAGGAGGAGAAUCUCCGGCCGAGAGGGACGCCGAGGUGUCGACCACGUAUUUUCCCAUUCGUUAACUUAAACCUCCCUUUGCAAAGUCGCGCGUAACAAUUACUCUCCUACGUCGUGUCAUCCCCCUGCCAAAGUGUUCGCGCACGUCGUCGAAUCGCAGAAUCAUUCAUUUCUGUAAAUACACGACACUGCUCUUCAACACAUUCGAUCUUCCUUCCUGAAUCAAUCGGGAUAGAUUAGAUAACAGCGCCGGUAACUAUCGUUAAGAUUAUUUAUCGCGCAAAUAUUGAAACGUGAGAUGUAAAUGUUUAUGUAUGAUAUUUGAUAUGCCGUAUAAUCCGCGUGUUGUAGAUUGUGUACAGAUAUAUAUAUAUAUAUAUAUAUAUGUUUUUUGUUUAUACGUUUAGUCAGAGAUUUUUCCAGCGGGUUAUAAUCCCGAUUGUAAUCCUUAGCGGCCUUAUUUAAUCUUUUCAUGUAACAUGUGUGGACGUUUGUAGAAUGUAAUAAAGUGUAACAUAGUGUAUUUUAUGUCCCGCACUGGCGAGUUCCUCGCCGAUUAACGUCUUGUAAAUCGUUGAUAAGGGGAAUAGAGGUAAUAAAGGAUAUGUAAAUUUUUC